AUGUUUAAUUCACCAGCUACAGCUUCUCGAAUUUUACCAAAUAAUAAAGUUUAUAGACAAUUAUUUGAUGCACAAGCACAAUUAAGUGAUGUUUAUAGUCGAGUACGAAAUAAUCAAUUAUCUCAAUCUGUUAAUAUCAUUCCACCUCCAGAUUCUGUACCACUUGUACGAAACAUUAGACCACAUGGUAUGCUUAUUUAUAAUAAGAAAAUCACAGAAUAA